AUUCGUCCCAAGACAAACCAGUAUUUGAUCGCGUGGGGUGAUUCGAACGGGGAUGUCAGCAUUCUCCUGCUCACCGAUAUUACGGAACUCCUGCGCGUCUGGAAGGUCUCCUCAGCCAGUGGUGAGCUCCCAACCGUCCACCUUGAUCAACUGCUCACACAGCCAAAAGUGCAGUUCCUGCGUUGGCAUGUACACGCUGACGCGCUGGAAGUGAGUCCUGACGCAACUGCGUUUGUGACCGACGGGGUGGUUACUUCUGAAGUGAAGGAGGCUAAUGGUUACCCGAAGUCCUUCGUACACAGGUGUCUCAGGAAGUGCCGCUCUGAGGUGUCGACCGAAGAGAAACCGAAGUUCUAG